AUGUCUUACCCGCCCCGCACCAAGCCACCCAGCACCAAGCCGCCCAGCACCAAGCCACCCCGCACCAAGCCGCCCCGCACCAAGCCACCCAGCACCAAGCCACCCCGCACCAAGCCGCCCAGCACCAAGCCGCCCAGCACCAAGCCGCCCAGCACCAAGCCGCCCAGCACCAAGCCACCCCGCACCAAGCCGCCCAGCACCAAGCCGCCCAGCACCAAGCCGCCCCGCACCAAGCCGCCCAGCACCAAGCCGCCCCGCACCAAGCCGCCCAGCACCAAGCCGCCCCGCACCAAGCCGCCCCGCACCAAGCCGCCCCGCACCAAGCCGCCCCGCACCAAGCCGCCCCGCACCAAGCCACCCCGCACCAAGCCGCCCAGCACCAAGCCGCCCAGCACCAAGCCGCCCCGCACCAAGCCGCCCAGCACCAAGCCGCCCAGCACCAAGCCGCCCAGCACCAAGCCGCCCCGCACCAAGCCGCCCCGCACCAAGCCGCCCCGCACCAAGCCGCCCCGCACCAAGCCGCCCCGCACCAAGCCGCCCCGCACCAAGCCGCCCCGCACCAAGCCGCCCCGCACCAAGCCGCCCCGCACCAAGCCGCCCAGCACCAAGCCGCCCCGCACCAAGCCGCCCAGCACCAAGCCGCCCCGCACCAAGCCGCCCCGCACCAAGCCGCCCAGCACCAAGCCGCCCAGCACCAAGCCGCCCCGCACCAAGCCGCCCCGCACCAAGCCGCCCCGCACCAAGCCGCCCCGCACCAAGCCGCCCCGCACCAAGCCGCCCCGCACCAAGCCGCCCCGCACCAAGCCGCCCCGCACCAAGCCGCCCCGCAUCAAGCCACCCAGCACCAAGCCACCCAGCACCAAGCCACCCAGCACCAAGCCACCCAGCACCAAGCCGCCCCGCACCAAGCCACCCCGCACCAAGCCGCCCAGCACCAAGCCGCCAUGCACCAAGCCGCUCCGCACCAAGCCGCACAGCACCAAGCCGCCCCGCACCAAGCCACCCAGCACCAAGCCGCCCCGCAUCACGCCGCCCCGCACCACGCCGCCCCGCACCACGCCGCCCCGCACCAAGCCGCCCCGCACCAAGCCGCAACGCACCGCUCCACAACGCCCCGCACUACGUCGCACCACACCGUACCACGCAGCACCGCGCAUAAGAGAUGGCGCCGCCGUGUGA